AUGUUAAAUGCAAAUAAACAACUGUUGGUUGACAAAUAUUCGCUUAAUUUUCCAGUCAGAAUAGUCGAUAAGGUGAACAAAGGACGAAGGUUGCUUAAAUCGAAGAAUAUAAGUACUAAUUGGUAUCAACUUCUUACUCCUUUAAAAAGUAAUCGUGAAUUAUUGGUUGCAAAGAAUUCGGCGUUUUUUCGAAUGUUCAAAUUUCGUCGACUACUCAACGUAGAGACCACCGAUCGUUGUUUUCGUUCACCGAUUAGUUCAAGUGGGUCAAAUUCCAGUUUUUUUCCGAAAGAUUAUUUUACAUUAGAGCAACGUCGUCGUGGAGCACUUUUUCUGCACUUUUUUGGUCUCAUUUAUAUGUUUAUUGCAAUAUCCGUCGUUUCCGAUGAAUUUUUCGUUCCCUCACUUAAUGUUAUUACAGGAAAGUUGUCAAUACGGAAUGAUGUUGCUGGAGCCACGUUUAUGGCUGCCGGCGGUUCCGCACCUGAAUUUUUUGCCAGUUUAUUUGGGGUUUUCAUUACUCAAAAUAAUGUCGGCAUUGGGACUAUUGUUGGUAGUGCUACAUUCAAUAUUUUAUGUGUGUUGGCAUUUUGUACAUUCUUUUCACUAGAAACGCUGAAAAUUACUUGGUGGCCCAUGCUCAGAGACAUUUUUUUCUACAUGUUAGCAUUGUUUUUGUUGGUAUUGUUUUUCCUAGACGAAGAGAUUCAGUGGCACGAAGCAAUUUCACUCUUCAUUAUUUAUAUUAUUUAUGGUAUUGCUAUGAGUUAUAACGAACAGCUUGAAAAAAAUUUCAAAAUCAUUCUCUAUGAAAUCACUCAGCAUUUAUGCUCUUCAAUUUUGAAUGAUACAUCAAUGCAAGGAAGGAUAACGCCACCAUCUAUCACUACUGUAAAACAGAUGAAAUCAGUUUCGACGCAAAAUAAGUCUCCAAUUUGUCACUCAGCAGAAGGUUCAAAUGAAUUCACUAAAACGACAACAGCGAAAUUACAUGAUAUGAUUCAAAGAAAUUGUCAAAAUAAUAUUUCAAAUGUUAUGCCUGAGAUUGAGCUCCCCGGAUCGAUAACGAAGCUGAUGAAUGAAAUGGAUUGUGAAAUUGCUCGACGAAACCCUACAGGAUCUAAAAAAGUUGUAGUACAUGAGAAGUGUGCUGUGUUAAAAGAAAAAGUUAGUGAGUCGGAAGUACCAAUCAACAUCUCGUGGCCAUCUUCAACUAAAGCACAAUUAUCUUAUCUGUUUUUGGCUCCAAUUAUGCUUCCUCUUUAUUACACACUUCCAGAUUCGAAGAAUUCAUCAUCCAAGAAGUAUUUUGUAAUAACUUUCAUGGGAUCAAUUUUAUGGAUUGGUUUUUUCUCAUAUCUGAUGAUUUGGUGGGCAAAGGUAAUCGGUGAAACAGUAGGUAUGCCGGAUGAGAUAAUGGGUUUAACAGUGUUAGCUGCUGGGACAAGCGUACCUGAUCUUAUUUCCAGUGUGAUCGUUGCCCGCAAAGGACUUGGUGACAUGGCUGUGUCAAGCUCCAUUGGAAGCAACCUUUUCGAUAUUUGUGUCGGAUUACCAAUUCCUUGGCUGCUGCAAUUUGCAAUUCGCUGGCUGACUAAUUCAUUCUCAGCUGCUCGUUUGGACACUAUACCAGUUAUAUCAAAAGGUCUCGUCUGCUCUGUCGGUCUUCUAUUUCUAAUGCUGAUUGUCUUAAUAGUUGCUGUGAAAAUUUGUCGAUGGGAAAUGAAUAAAAUAUUCGGAAUAAUGAUGAUCAUUGCCUAUUUAGCAUUUUGUGUGCUUAGUGUUUUAAUAGAAUUAGGUUACAUUAUUUGCCCACUUAUUGUUGCAUGUAACUAA